GUCGGAGAGAGACAGAAAGGGUUUAAGAGAAAUAGAGGGUUUAAGAAGGAAACUGCCAUGGGAGGCAAUUUGUCUACGACUUCAUCAGAAAACCCUAGUUCCCCCACCACCUCCGCUACCACCGCCACAAAAACAGCCUCCGCCGCCAUGCCACCCUCGGUUUCCCCACCAACCCACAAUUCUAAGCCCCUGUCGGAGGCAACCCAUGAUCAUACACCGCGUGAAGCCAAUACCGCAGUGGAAGAAUCAUCGGAUCCACCGUCAGAAAAUCAGUCAGAGGACUUGGAACUCAAAAAAGACGACGCCGUCCCAGAAGGGGAGGUUGAAGGAGGAGGAGAGGAGGAGGAGGAGGAGGGGGAAUGUGGGUUUUGCUUAUUUAUGAAAGGGGGAGGAUGUAAGGACGUUUUUAUUGAGUGGGAAAAGUGUGUUGAAGAAGGUGAAGCAAAGAAUGAAGACAUUGUGGACAAGUGCGCUGAGAUUACUGGUAAUUUGAAGAGAUGUAUGGAAGCUCAUGCUGAUUAUUAUGGCCCACUUUUGCUGGCUGAGAAGGCUGCUCAAGAGGAGGCCAGAAAGGAAUUGGAGAAAGAUAAAGAAAAAGAAACUGAGAAGGGGAAUGAGGAAUCAGCAUCAGUGGAAAAUUCCGAUAAAGAUGGAGCCUUGGGGGUUUCCGAGCAGAAGAUUGAAGAGAAAGACGGAGUCUCGGGUGAUUCGGAGCGGAAGAGUAAGGAGAAAGAUGGGGCUUUGAGUGUUCCUGGGCAGAAGAGUGACGAGAAAGAUUGGGUUUCGGGUAUUUCUCAGCAAAAAAGUGAGGAGAAAGAUGGAGUUUUGGGUGGUUCUGAGGAAAAGAAAGAUCAGGGUUCUUGACUUUUUCUUUUUUGUCGGAAAUUAGGAAUUUUUUUGCUGUUUUCAAUUCAUAUGAUGAAUUUUGCGGAGGAUUGGGAGCAAUGGAAUUAUAGAGAUUAUUAUAAGGUAACUGUAGGGAAAUGCUGAGAUUUUUUACCACAAUUGAUAAAUUUGAAAUAAUUGUACUUUUGACAUUAGCUGG